GCUUUCAAUCUUGAUUAUAUUUUUAGAGAGAGAGAGAAAUUGGCGACUGUAGUUUUUGAAGGAAGGAAGGAAAGAUUUGAUUUUUAAUGGCGGCGCUGGCACCGGGGAUUCUGUUGAAGCUACUGAACGGGAUGAGCACCGGCGUGAAGGCAACGAGCGAGCACCGGAGCUCCCUCCUCCAGGUCACCGACAUAGUCCCGGCCGAUCUGGACGAGAAGAAUCUCCUCCCCAAACACGGCUUCUACAUCAAGAUCUCCGAUUCCUCCCACUCCAUCUACGCCAGCCUCCCCUUCGACCAAGACGACCUAGUCAUGAGCAACAAGAUCCAAUUAGGUCAGUUCAUCUACAUCGACCGCCUCGAUCCCGGCUCCCCCGUCCCCACCGUCCGGGGGGCUAAGCCCCUCCCCGGCCGCCACCCUCUGAUCGGCACGCCGGAACCCUUGAUGGGCUUGAGAUCGAAAGGCGACAACAAGGGUGUGAAAUUCUCCGCUCCCACUAAGAGGGGUUCUUGGGGGGGCGGGGUUGAAAAUCUCGAAUCGCCGAGGCAAUUGAAGCCGGUGCCUUUGGAUUUCGAUCAGUGCACGCCGCUCAAGGAGAGGGCGGUGAAAUUCUCGAUGAUGUCGCCGGUGGUGGUGAGAGGGAAGGCUAUGAGGGAUGGGAGUGCGGUGAGGUCUUCCGUUGGCGGCGGGUUCUUGUCGAAGAUAGUUGAGGCGAAGGGGGAGACUCCGUUGAAUCUACGAAAGAGCUGUGCUUUCACACCGUCGAAGUUUUCGAGGAGCAAGAGUGUCUGCGAACGAGAGCUGCGGAUUCCGAAGAGUCCCUUCAACAUAGCUGAGAAGAGUUCAACUCCACCUCCAAGAUUGAGAAAUGCGAACUCGGCAGUUUGUUCGCCAACUGUUUGUGGAAAUGCCGAGUCUCAGUCGAAGCUGAAAAUCACAUCUCAGUCGUCUCAAGCUUUUUCGUCUGAGGAUUCGUCUUUUGUCGUUUUACCUGGAAAACUCAGCAUGCUAGGAAAGGAAGCUAUGCAGCAGCGAGAAACCGCGCAGAAGAUUGCACUUCAAGCACUUCGAGAUGCCUCCGCCACCGAAAAUCUCGUCCGCUCUCUCAAGAUUUUCUCGAACUUGACGAAAUCGGCCAAGUUAGAUGCACCGACAGCCUGUUUCGAACAGUUUCUUGAAUUCCAUAGCCAAAUCGUGCAAGUGGUGGCAGAAAUGCUGUCCAUUCAAGCAGCCACCGCCGCUAGUGAAGAAGACACCACCACCGUUUUAAACGAAAUAGUCCCUAAUUCAAUGGACCAAAACCCGAGCACGGAUUCAAAUGCAUCGAAAAGAAGGGCAGCGCUUCACAAAUCCGUUGCAUCCAUACCCGAAAGAAACGAGCACAAGUCUAUUCUCGGAAAGCACUUAAGAUCAACAACCAAGGCGACAGCAGCAGCAGCAGCAGCAUUGGAAAAAACAACGAGCGAGAACGACGAGAACAAAAAACCUGCUUCUUCUUCGUCGUCGUCUUCGUGCGGUUUGUACAGUACAAUCAAACUGGGGAAGCAGAUCGAGAGCGAAGCAGGGCUCUGGUUUAUGGAGUUUUUGGAGAAAUCGCUCGAAAAGGGGACUAGAAAAAUGAAAGGAGGAGCCGCGGCCGAAUUAGAAAAUCGGAAAGUGCCUCAGUCGGUUAUACUAAAGGUGAUCAAUUGGGUCGAAGUGGAACAGAGUGAUCCGAAUAAGCGGCCGGUGCAUCCUAGAGCCGCAGUUAUAGCUCGUAAACUCAGGAUUAAGAUGAAAAACCCCUGAGGAUUAAUUUGCAUCAGUACUGAAAAUCUAUGUUACAUAAGAUUUCAUUCGAUUCAUUCUUCCAUUGUUUGUAUUUCGAGAUUAUUUCAAUCGUUACUGAAUUUACGUUUUUUCUUCGGAGUUGUAGUAGUCGUUUCUUCGCAAUAGCAGCAGCCCUCGUUUUCUUUA